CCCGCUUCGUCCCGCAGCCCCGGGGCCGCGCCGCAGAGUCGGGCUGCCCGGGUCCAUACAGGGUAGUGCAGAGCUGGGUGGGAAGAUUGGACUUUGCAGUGGCUGCAGCAUCCUUGCGGUCUGGGACCUGGCGGAGGGCGACCCCACCCUGGGGGGAGUAGAGGACCCGCCCUGACCUAGCUUGGCCCAGCCUAGUCCUGCCCGGCCUGAGCACCCCGCCCAGGAGCCGGUUCUGAGGUAGGGCCCGCUGAGGUCCGGGAGCUAGGCCGUCAUGGACAAGAUCCUGGAGGCGGUGGUGACCUCGUCAUACCCUGCAAGCGUGAAGCAAGGGCUGGUGCGGCGCGUCCUGGAGGCGGCACGGCAGCCACUGGAGAGGGAUCAGUGCCUGGCCCUGCUGGCCCUGGGCGCGCGCCUCUAUGUGGGAGGCGCCGACGAGCUGCCACGCCGCGUGGGCUGUCAGCUGCUGCACGUGGCCGGCCGCCAUCACCCCGAUGUCUUCGCCGAGUUCUUCAGCGCGCGCCGCGUGCUGCGCCUGUUGCAGGGUGGCGCGGGCCCGCCGGGUGCCCGCGCGCUGGCCUGUGUGCAGCUGGGCCUGCAGCUGCUGCCCGAGGGGCCCGCGGCUGAGGAGGUGUUCGCGCUGCUGCGGCGCGAGGUGCUGCGCACCGUGUGUGAGCGCCGGGGGCCCGCCGCCUGCGCGCAAGUGGCCCGGCUGCUGGCGCGGCACCCGCGCUGCGUGCCCGACGGCCCGCACCGCCUGCUCUUCUGCCAGCAGUUGGUGCGCUGCCUCGGCCGCUUCCGCUGCCCCGCGGAGGGCGAGGAGGGAGCGGUGGAGUUCCUGGAGCAGGCCCAGCAGGUGAGCGGGCUCCUGGCACAGCUGUGGCGUGCGCAGCCUGCCGCCAUCCUGCCCUGCCUCAAGGAGCUGUUUGCAGUUAUCUCCUGCACAGAGGAGGAGCCGCCAUCUAGCGCCCUGGCCAGUGUGGUCCAGCACCUCCCCUUGGAGCUCAUGGAUGGUGUGGUCCGGAACCUCAGCAAUGAUGACAGUGUGACGGACUCCCAGAUGCUGACUGCUAUCAGCAGGAUGAUCGACUGGGUGUCCUGGCCCUUGGGGAAGAACAUUGACAAGUGGAUCAUUGCACUGCUGAAGGGCCUGGCCGCUGUGAAGAAGUUCAGCAUCUUGAUCGAGGUUUCACUUGCCAAAAUYGAGAAGGUCUUCUCCAAGCUGCUGUACCCCAUUGUCCGGGGAGCYGCCUUGUCUGUCCUCAGGUACAUGCUCCUGACUUUCCAGCAUUCCCACGAGGCCUUCCACCUGCUUCUCCCUCACAUCCCCCCCAUGGUGACCUCUCUGGUCAAGGAGGAYUCGAACUCAGGGACCAGCUGCCUGGAGCAGCUGGCGGAGCUGGUCCACUGCAUGGUGUUCAGGUUCCCGGGAUUCCCAGACCUGUAUGAGCCUGUCAUGGAGGCCAUCAAGGACCUCCACGUUCCCAAUGAGGACCGCAUCAAGCAGCUGCUGGGGCAGGAUGCCUGGACCUCGCAGAAGAGUGAGCUGGCUGGCUUCUACCCCCGGCUCAUGGCCAAGUCAGACACGGGCAAGAUUGGUUUAAUCAACCUGGGAAACACGUGCUACGUGAACAGCAUCCUCCAGGCCUUGUUCAUGGCGUCUGACUUUCGACACUGUGUGCUCCGCCUGACUGAGAACAACUCGCAGCCCUUGAUGACCAAGCUGCAGUGGCUCUUUGCCUUCUUGGAGCACAGCCAGAGGCCGGCGAUUUCCCCUGAGAACUUCCUCUCUGCGUCCUGGACACCCUGGUUCAGCCCUGGCACCCAGCAGGACUGUUCGGAGUACCUAAAGUAUCUGCUGGAUCGGCUGCACGAAGAAGAGAAAACCGGGACCCGGAUCUGCCAGAAGCUCAAGCAGUCCAGCUUGCCCUCCCCGCCCGAGGAGCCCCCUAGCCCCAGCUCAACCUCUGUGGAGAAAAUGUUUGGAGGCAAGAUUGUGACCCGGAUAUGCUGCCUCCACUGCCUCAACGUCUCCUCCCGGGAGGAGGCCUUCACRGACCUCUCUCUUGCCUUCCCUCCUCCCGAGCGCUGUCGCCGGCKCCGCCUGGGCUCGGUGAUGCUCCCUGCAGAAGAUGUCGGAGCCCCGGUUCCCAGCAGGGCGGGUCCCCGGAGGCAAAGGAAACACUGCAUCACUGGGGACGCACCUCCCGCCGUGCUGGACAUCGGAGGCCUGGGCUCCCCGGGAGCUGGUGGGCAGAGUGGCCGGGAGGAGAAGGCGGAGAGGGAGGAGGAAGGGAAGGAGGGCAAAGAGGAAGAAGGAGGAAAGGAAGAGGAGGAGGGGGGGACGCUGGAGAAGGAGGAAGGGGAGAAAGAGAAGGAAGAGGAGGAGAAGGGACGAGAAGAGGAGAAGGAGGAGGAGAAGGAGAAGGAGGCCGAUCCCGAGGAGAAGGAGGAGGACAACUUGGGACCCGGGAGCCACAGGGAUCCCGCCCCCGCCCGGGAGCCCACGUGCGGCCCCGAGGGCUCCCGCUCUGUCCUGGACCUCGUCAACUAUUUCCUGUCCCCCGAGAGGCUGACCGCAGAGAACCGCUACUACUGCGAGUCGUGCGCCUCCCUGCAGGACGCCGAGAAGGUGGUGGAGCUGAGCCAGGGCCCGCGCUACCUCGUGCUGACGCUGCUGCGCUUCUCCUUCGACCUGCGCACCAUGCGGCGCCGCAAGAUCCUGGACGACGUCACCAUUCCCCUCCUGCUCCGCCUGCCGCUGGCUGGUGGCCAGGGCCAGGCCUAUGACCUGUGCAGUGUUGUGGUGCACUCCGGGGUGUCCUCAGAGAGUGGCCACUACUACUGCUACGCCCGGGAGGGCGCUGCCCGCCCGGCCCCGCCUCUGGGAACUGCUGACAGGCCGGAGCCUGAGAACCAGUGGUACCUGUUCAAUGACACGCGGGUGUCCUUCUCCUCCUUCGAGUCUGUCAGCAACGUCACCUCCUUCUUCCCCAAGGACACAGCCUAUGUGCUCUUUUACCGCCAGCGGCCUGGGGAGGUGCCUGAGGCUGAACCGGGCUCUCCCAGAGCCCGAGCAGAGCCCACCCUCCACAAGGACUUGAUGGAAGCUAUUUCCAAAGACAACAUCCUCUACCUGCAGGAGCAGGAGAAGGAGGCCCGCAGCAGGGCGGCCUACAUCUCGGCCCUCCCUGCCUCUCCGCACUGGGGCAGGGGCUUUGAUGAAGACAAGGAUGAGGAUGAAGGCUCUCCAGGGGGCUGCAACCCUGCAGGUGGCAAUGGAGGUGACUUCCACAGACUGGUCUUCUGAAGUGAAACUUUCCCCAGCCUGCUCCUUCGUGCGGGGGCACCACAGCCAACCUCAGGGGGCCUCGAGCCCCUCCUUCUGGGAGCCAGGUGGGGUCUGAGGGUGGUUGAAGCCCGGGGCUGAAGUGGGCCCUUCCCAGGGCAGGAAGGAUGGAGAGGGAGCUUCUAGGAUGUUGGCCCUGAGCUGAAGGGUACGAGAAACCCAAAUAUGGAGGGGAUCCCUGACCCCCUUAAACCGGGCCCUCAGACCCUGGUACUGGGAUCAGUUCCAUUAAGAUUUUACACCCAAGUGUCCUGGUUCACUUGGAGCAGCUUGGAUGGACGCACGCUGGGCUUUGCCUCCCCCACUUCCCUGCAGGCCCCAUCCUAGAGACCCUGAGCUGGCCCUGGAGCCAGGGCCGAGCUUCUGCUCAAGCGUCCUGCCUUCCAGUAGCACUUAGCACUUCUCUUCCAGCUCUUG